AUUAUCUAGUAUAGUCUGUUAUUUGCUAUUAAUAUUACAUUUUACGUACAUUUAUAAAGGAAGUAUUUUGUACUAGUUCUUUUUACUAGAUUUUUGCAGGGCUUUUGUCAUUUUAUUCAACUACUGGAAUUGUGUGCUUUUUCGAUAAUAAUAACACCAACCUGUAGAGGGCGGUAUGAUACACUUUUAUUUUGGAGAUCUAGAAGCGACAAACACAGACGCAAGUUCUGCUGGGAAAAAAAGGGGGUCAGAGUCGAAUUGUGUGAAUCCGCGAUUGAGUCUGCGACGCUUCGGGAUCUUAUUUACAGCUUUAUGGUGAGAUAUUAGAAACGGGAAGGUGAAUUUCUAACCCCGGGUGUGUGGUAAAGCUGCGAGUUUGCGAUCAGGGAGGAAUUUGUGGUCGGUUUGGUGCAGGAAAGCAGUGGAACCAGUCUCGGUUUGUUUGUUUGUUGGGCAUCAAAGCGUCCUGAGCAGAGCGAUGAGAAGCGAGGCAUAGAGUAAGGUGUAACUGAGGCAGGGCAGUGAGUAAGGCAGAGUAGUAAAUAAGGGGUAACUGAGGCAGGGCAGUAAGUGAGGCAGAGUAGUAAAUAAGGGGUACACGAGGCAGGGCAGUGAGUAAAGGGUAAGAGAAGCAGGGCAGUAAGGGGGUAAGCGAGCCUGAGUCUCAGUGAGUAAUGCUUCCCAUCUUUCAACGAGAAGAUGGAUGAAAAGUCCAGCUACAGUCGCGUCCUGAUCGGGCUGCUCAUGCUCGUGCUGUUCGCCGUGAUCGUGCUGCAGUAUGUGUGCCCAGGCUCCGAGUGCCAGCUGCUCCACUUGGGCUCGCUCUCCGAGCUGCGCGGCGGCGGCGACGGGCGUGAUGGCGAUCCGUACGUCGCGGAGGACGGCGCUCUGGCGCGCUUCGUGCCGCGCUUCAAUUUCACGCAGCAAGACCUGGACCGCGUCGUCGACUUCAACAUCAAGGGCGACGACGUGAUCGUGUUCCUGCACAUCCAGAAGACCGGCGGCACCACGUUCGGCCGCCACCUGGUCCGCAAUAUUCAGCUCGAGCGCCCGUGCGAGUGUCACGUCGGCCAGAAGAAGUGCACGUGCUACCGGCCCGGGAAGAAGGAAACGUGGCUCUUCUCGCGCUUUUCCACCGGCUGGAGCUGCGGACUGCACGCCGACUGGACCGAACUGACCAACUGCGUCCCGGCCAAGAUGAACAGCAGAGAGACUCUCCAACCGCGCAAAAGCCUACGGAACUAUUACUACAUCACAAUCCUGCGGGAUCCGGUGUCACGUUACCUGAGCGAGUGGCGACAUGUGCAGCGCGGGGCCACAUGGAAAGCCUCUCUGCACGUGUGUGACGGCCGGGCACCUACCUUGGCAGAGCUGCCCAGCUGCUAUACGGGUGAUGACUGGUCAGGUUGCUCCCUCACUGAGUUCAUGGCUUGCCCCUACAACUUGGCCAACAAUCGUCAGACUCGCAUGCUGGCUGAUCUGAGCCUCGUGGGCUGCUACAAUGCAUCAGUCAUGAGCGAUCAGCAGCGCGGCGCUGUGUUACUAGAAAGCGCCAAGCGCAACCUCAGACGCAUGGCGUUUUUUGGCCUGACUGAGUACCAACGCAAGACACAGUACUUGUUUGAGCGUACCUUUCGCCUGGCUUUCAUUGCACCCUUCACCCAGCUGAAUGGCACACGAGCUGCCAGCGUCGACGUGGCAACCGAGAUACAGCAGCGUAUCCGCGAACUCAAUGCCUGGGACGUAGAGCUGUACGAGUACGCACGUGACCUCUUCCUGCAGCGCUUCCAGUAUGCACGGCAGAAGGAGAGACGCCAGGCUCGCCAGAGACGCCAGCAGGAGAGGCGUAGGUUGCGUUCCAAGGUGCCACACUGGACAGGGGGUAGGGGUACUAAGCCCACUAAAACCCCACCACAAACGAGGCAAUACCUAGCCACCAGGCUUGCUGAGCCAAAACAGGAUGAGACGGGGAAAACGCUGGAAGAGGACGUAGAAGUGGAAUCAGAUCCGUGGUGGGAGGACGAUGACGAGAAUGAAACGAUUGAGGACUAUUUGGAUAACGUGGAGCAAUGGUGAAGAUCAAGUGGCAUUUAGGUCAAAAUGGGGGGGACAGCAGUCCUUCCUAGAUUCUCCACUAGGUUGCCAUGAAAUGCAUUUUCUACUCAUUCAAACUCAAAAAAACACUAUUUUGUGUUCUAGAUGAACAUCUUAAACAUUGGAAAAGUGCAUUUAUCUGUGUCUAAAGACGCAAGUAGUAACUGAGUGAAUUUUGCUGGUGUCUGCCUUUUUUUUUUUCUUUUAAAAUGCCAUACGAAAUCAAUGCGCACUGCAAUCCUCUCAAUGUACCAGUGUACCUUAAGGUCUUUAACUGAAUUUAUGUUGUAAAAAAAAAAUGCUAUUGAAUCAAAGGUUUUUUUCUUUGUUAUAUUUUUUCUAUUAUUUGAACUUUCACUACGACAUUUGAUUGUAGGUGGGGUGUGGUCUUUUUUUAGCAUUCUUACUGUACUGAUUAUGUAGCCUCUGGCUUCGAUAUAAAAUCUUGUAGCAAAUCAUAUUUGUAAUUCCUAACAUAAGCUAUGUUACAAAUUGUAUGAACAGAUAUAUUGUGUGAAUAUGAUGGUAAUCAAAUACAAUUUGUUGCUACUUAAAUAAAUUUUGAUAAUAAUUGUA